AUAAUUUUUAGGGUGCCCUCCAUCUAAACUUGAAGUCUCUCUUUCAUUCCUUAUAUAUAGUUUACAAUUGGGUUCUCAAUUUCCAAAUUAAGCUCAUACAUUUUUUGAAAAUGAAUUCUUGUUUGAGAACAUGGAUUAUGUUAUCCAUGUUAUUAUUUAUAAUUAUGAAAUCUCAAAAAUUUGUCAAGGGUGAACCACUAGUUCCCUGCUUAUUUUUCAUGGGAAGUUCAACUUUUGACAAUGGAAAUAACAAUUUUCUUGUUACCAAGGCAAAAUCCAACUAUCUACCAUAUGGGAUUGACUAUCCUGACGGUCCGACAGGCAGAUUCUCCAAUGGCCGGAAUAUCCCCGAUUUCCUUGCCCAAUUCCUGCGUUUUGAUAACCCAAUUCCACCUUUUGCAUCUGCCAGAGGCUUGGAGAUCCUCAGAGGCGUAAAUUAUGCAUCAGGUCAAGCAGGAAUUCGUGACGAGACAGGAUUCCAAGUGGGCGAUCGGAUCAGCUUUAAUAGACAGUUACUGAAUCACAAGACAACUAUAUCACGAUUUUCUCGUUUACUUGGAAGAAACGUGGGUGUAACAAAAGAUUACCUUAACAAGUGUUUGUAUAUAGUUAAUAUAGGCAUCAAUGAUUACACUAGCAACUACUUUUUGCCACAAUACUACUCAACAAGUCUAGUGUAUACUCCCGAUCAGUUUGCAGCCAUCUUGAUUCGACAAUAUGCUCAACAGCUAAGGACCUUGUACAGCUAUGGAGCAAGAAAAAUUGCCAUAUUUGGGCUUUCUCGAGGGGGGUGCCUUCCACAAGAAUUGGCAAUGUAUCCACCUACAAAUGGAUCUUCAUGUGUGGAGCCCAUUAAUAAUGCAGUCCAGCUAUUCAAUAACAGACUGAUCCCUAUGAUUGAUGACCUCAACAGCAAUUUACCAGACGCAAAAUUUAUCUAUAUAAACAUUACCAGCAUUUCUUCAGGAGAUCCUUCAGCUAUUGGUAUUAAAGUUGUGAAUGCUCCAUGUUGUAAAGUAUUAACAACAUCAACAACUUUUGCCAGGGGACAAUGUGCUCGCGGAAAAGUUCCAUGUAAUAACAGAGAUGAAUAUAUGUUCUACGAUAAUAUUCAUAACACGGAGAUUAUAAAUUUUGUCACGGCAACAAGAGCAUACAAUGCAACAUUACCAACCGAUGCCUAUCCGACGGAUAUAAGUCAUUUAGCUUCGCAAUAUAAAUUUAAGAUAUAAAUACAACUAUACAUUAAUUUCAUGAAAAAAAUAAUUAAAUGCCUUCGUAUUGUCGUUAUAGUAGAUCAGUGAAAAUUUCCUUGUUGAUGCUGAAUUAAUAAUAGGAAUUUUUUUGGUAAUCAUUCGGACUAUACUCCCAUUAUCGA